AGGACCUCAACUACAGUAUUUCAUAACAAAAAUACAAGGCUUUGACAUGGAAAAUACUGGAAACCUUUCUCAACGUGCGCUAACGAACCUCGCCGUCACCUGUCCCAUGCGCACGGCGUUUCUCGGAGCGCUGUCAUCGCUGUACCAUGCAACAGACAACCCGGCAGGAGCCAUCAAUUUGGGAAUGGCUCAGAAUGAUCUAAUAUGCAACGAGAUGUUGGAAAAAAUAUCCUCUUCCACGCCGCUGCGGGAAGUGGAUCUAAGUUAUGGCGACCCACACGGUUCCAAGCGCCUUCGAGGUCGACUGGCCGGCUUUUUCAACACAUAUUUCAACCCUCAUACACCUGUUUUGGACAACCAUAUCCUUGUGACGCCUGGUGCGGGAGCGGCCGUGUACCAAUUAGCAACUGUCAUUGCUGAUGUCGACGAGUACAUUAUGGUUCCCAGUCCCUACUAUGGCACCUUUGAUUUAGAUAUUCGCCUCAACACAGGCAUCCGCAUUUUUACUGUGGGCAUUUUUCACACUGAAACGCUAUCCGUGGACUUUGUGCUGUUGCACAGAGCAAUGGAGAAAGCGACCAGCCAAGGAUUGCGAGUCAAGGCCAUUCUGAUCAACAAUCCGCAUAAUCCUUUGGGACAUCGUGAGGACAUCAAGUUAUUCAUUUAUUUCGCGUCGCGUUACAACAUUCACAUCAUCUUCGAUGAAGUUUAUGCAUUAUCCACGUUUAGUCCUUUUCUUCGCGAGGAGACAAAUCAAGGGGACCAUACUAGCGUUCGCGAUAAAUUGGCGGAAAGUCCCUUUUGUUCCGCUUUGGCGGUGGACAAUGUGCCGCAACUUAUCGAUCCCAAGCUGGUUCAUGUUGUUUACAGUUUAUCGAAAGAUUUCGGUUUGAAUGGUCUUCGCGUAGGAUUCAUCAUUGAUCAAUACAACGACUAUCUGAAGCAAGCGUUAAUAUUAACUUCGUCUUUCAGUUACAUAUCAACGGUGACCGAUCGACUAGUUUACAACUUAUUUUCUGAUACAGUAUGGAUCGACAAACUCAUUCAUACAAAUCUGCAACGGUUGGCGGCAUCCUACAUCCGUACCACCUCUUUCCUUUCAUCGCAUAACAUCAAGUUCUUUCCUGCCCAGUCAGGUCAUUUUCUAUUUCUCGAUUUGCGAGAUGAUUUACGCAAAAGAUGCGGUGACAUACCAACGUUCAGCGACGAAGCAGAUUUACUGAAUGACCUACUUCACAAUGGUGUUUACAUAGCACCCGGCGAAGGGUUCCACACCGUUGAACCAGGCUUUUUUCGUAUGACCUUUUCUGUUGAAUGGAAUACGCUCAAACGCGGGUUACAGAUACUGUAUCAUACGCUAAGAAGUGAACCGGCCACCCACGCCAACAAAGUCUGA